AUGGGUAACCUACCGGCGGAACGAGUAGAACCUACGCCCGCGUUUUUAAGCUGUGGUAUUGAUUUCGCCGGUCCCUUUAUGAUCAAAACAAGUAUGCGCCGCAAUGCUCCGUUAGUAAAAGGUUACGUAUGUAUUUUUGUUUGCUUUUCGACAAAGGCAGUACAUAUUGAAUUAGUCGGAGACCUGAGCACAACAGCGUUUAUUAACGCAUUAAAUCGUUUUUUUGAUCGACGAGGGAGAAGCGUAACUAUUUUUACCGACAACGCGACCAACUUUGUCGGAGCGAAUCGUAAAAUGAAAGAAUGGAGCGAUCUAUUUUAUUCAGAACAACACAAAAAAAAGGUGCAAGAAGCUUUAACAGACGUUGGCGUUCAAUGGCGUUUCAUUCCCCCGCGAUCACCGCAUUUCGGCGGAUUAUGGGAAGCAGCGGUCAAGUCAAGUCCAUGA